UGUUGCUACAAGCUGCUCGGGCUCCUGCAUUGAACACAACUAUUGGUCAGGUAGCCUGCUUAUUGAGAUACUUUUACAAACAGCCUUUUUUUCUGGUGAUACAUCUAACAAAAACAAGCAUGGUUGAUGACAGAAGGUUAGGAACUAAAUCUGCUCUGGUAAGCACUUUCAAAAUUGAUGACUUUUGAUUGAUUUAGUUCUAUGCGUUUUACACUCCAACAAACUUUGCUCACUUACAAAAUUCGUAUUGAUCUUUUUUCCCCCUUUGGCGUGUUGUGUUACUGUGUGACAAAGCUUAGCAUUUUAAAUAUAGACUGGAAGUCUGACCGUGAAAAAGGAACAACAAUCUCAGCACUUCUGGUCCUCUUGUCCCCACAUAGGAAGGCUGCUUCUCGUCCACCGGCAACUUGCCCCACCUACCACCUCCCGCCUCCCACUCUCCUUUCGCUGGCGUAAAGGCCCACCAACACGGCAGUGGCGGCACGAGGCUCGAGGCUGUCAUGGAGAACCUGCAGCGGCUUCAGGCAGCGCGGGUGGCUCUGGAUGAGAAACUCCGACAAGCAGGGAAAGAGCGAGACCUCCGCUCAAUGGUUGAAUCCCAGAUACACCAACAAGCUUUGGCUUUCCGGCACUACCAGGCGACGAUGAACAGCGCCUUGGCAGCUGGAGUUGCCAGCUGCUCUCCUGGGGCGUCUCUGAGUCAAACGCAGGUCUGCGAAACCGGCGAGGACAGAAAUUCCUCCAGAAACAGGAGCGACAACAGAGACAUUGGAGACUUGCAGGAAGACGCGGAAAAGCAGGAGCUGAUUGGUGGAGACGUGGAAGACUGCUCGAAGCACGAUGAAAAUCGAGAACCUUUGCUCCAGGAAACUUGCCUGCUAGAGAAAAGCGCCGCGGUGCAUCUGAUGAACAGGGCCCCGGGGGACAGGACCCAGAAAUGCCACCCUGGUUCACCCCCUCGGCCACCGCAGCCACAGCACCACGAGUGGACCUACGAAGAGCAGUUCAAGCAGUUGUAUGAACUGGAUGAUGAUGGAAAGCGUAAAGAAUUUCUGGAUGAUCUCUUCAGUUUCAUGCAGAAACGUGGGACCCCAGUGAAUCGGAUUCCUAUCAUGGCAAAGCAGGUGUUGGAUCUCUACACGCUCUACAAGCUUGUCACUGAAAAAGGCGGCUUAGUUGAAGUCAUCAAUAAGAAAAUGUGGCGUGAGAUCACCAAAGGCUUGAAGCUUCCUACUUCCAUUACCAGUGCAGCUUUUACACUCCGAACACAGUACAUGAAGUACCUCUACUCGUAUGAAUGUGAAAAGCGAGGGCUGAGCUCCCCUGGUGAGCUUCAGGCAGCUAUUGACAGCAAUCGGCGGGUAGGCCGUCGGCAGAGCUACGGCUCUCCCAUCUUCAAUUACUCUGCUGUGAGCAACCCGACAUUGCUGUCUUUGCCAAGAGUUGAACUUUCUCACUUACCAAUAUCCACUAUGUCCCAGCUUCCUGUGUUCAAGAAAGAUGAUUCCAUGGUGGUCAGCUCUCUGUCCAGUCCGGUUUUCCUCCCUUUGUCUCCUAGUGGCCAUCACAUUACAUCUGUGACUACCGAGGCAGCAGCUGUGGCUCAGCCGAUGGCCGUGACUCAAGCUGCAGCUGCUAUUCAGGCUUCUACUCUAGAGCAGCGAAGAGACAAACUGGAGAGCAGCGAACCCCCAGAGAAGAAGAUGAUGGGAGAAGAACAGCAAAGGGUCAUUCAGCAAACAUCAAAACAUGAUAUGCUGGCUUCAACGACUCAACUACCCCUGAGCAUCAAAUUCAACAACAGCAGAGGUGACAGUCUCCGAUCUCAGUCUCAGUCAUUGUGUUCAUUAGACCAUUGAUAGACAAACUUCUACAGCACAGAUUAGUGAUGAGUAUUUCGGAGCUGUUUCCACCAUUUUUCAAGAUGUGUGAGUCAUAGGCUUUCUUGUAAUCAAUCCAGCCUGUGCACAGGUUGGUAUGGAUUGUGCGACUGUUCUGGAGGUGAUGUUUGGCUCCUCUGGUAUCUCGACCAAUGCCCUUCUGUGCUUCUCUCAUUAUUGA